UCUAAAAUCCUGGCUACCCACCCAUUCCUCAGCUUUUGUUAAAGCAUUUCUGAAGCUGUGGAAUCACUCCUCGCCAAACCAGUUGAGCCAGUCUAUAGUGGCACAUAUAAUCUAGAUAGGCAUCAGUGUUAUGAGGGGUGGCAACGCAACCUUUUCCUGAACGAAAGAGCUGGAGCUACUGCUACUGUUGCUUUACAGUAAACGCUGCUAAGCUACUAGCUGAGCGCGGGCACGCCCUGUCCUCAGAUACAGAUACAGAGACACACUUGAACCUGAGCGAGGUGAGGCGCGUGACGUCACUCCCACAUCAUCUCGCCGUUAGUGAAAGGAAAGGCAGAAAACACGAGUCUGUAAAGACGUACAGAAGGUGUUUUUAUAGCUGUACGCGUGGAGACCUGAAGGUGAGGCUGUCCUGGAAGCUGCCUUGUCUCGAUUCUGUCUCUUGUUUUAACCGCUGACAGGGCACUGAAAAUGCUUCGGUGUCUUUCCGGAGCCUGGUGUAUGCGCGUCAUUGAAGGGCACAAAUCGACGUGGAACUUUGCUCUGCUGGUGCUCUUGUAUGUUGUGUACCUGGUUUUGGGCGCUGUCGUGUUCUCCUUGGUUGAAUCGCCGUAUGAGGACUUACUGCGACAGGAGCUGGGUGCUCUGAAAAGGCAGUUUCUCCAGGACAAUGAGUGUCUGUCCGAGGAGAGACUGGAGGAAUUUUUGGCUAAAGCGCUGGAGGCGAGCAACUACGGAGUCUCAGUGUUGAAUAAUACCUCAGAAAAUUACAACUGGGAUUUCACGUCGGCGUUGUUUUUCGCAAGUACAGUCCUCUCCACGACAGGUUAUGGCCACACAGUGCCUUUGUCAGAUGAGGGUAAGGCCUUCUGUAUCAUGUACUCAGUGGUGGGCAUUCCAUUCACCCUCCUGUUCCUGACAGCAGUGGUACAGAGGAUCAUGGUGUUUAGUACUCGCCGGCCUGUGGACUAUGUGCAGCGCCGCUGGGCUCUGUCCAAGUCUUUGGUUGCAGGUGUACAUGCUGGUGUGCUGGCCAUUAUUACGAUGUCCUGCUUCUUCCUCAUCCCCGCCAUUGUGUUCUCCGUGCUGGAGGAAGACUGGAACUUCCUAGAGUCUUUUUACUUCUGCUUCAUCUCACUUAGUACUAUUGGCUUGGGUGACUAUGUUCCAGGAGAGGGCUACAACCAGAAGUUCAGGCAGCUCUAUAAAGUGGGCAUAACUGUCUACUUGCUACUGGGCCUGGUUGCGAUGCUGGUGGUUCUGGAGACAUUCUGUGAGCUUCAGCAGUUGAAGAAAUUAAGGAAGAUGUUCUAUCUAAAGAAACAGAGAACUGAAGACCGACUGAAUAUCAUAGACCAUGAUCACCUGUCCUUCUCGUCUGUGUCUGAUCAGGCAGCUUCAUUCAGAGAGUAUAAGACUGAUCUCAUCACUGACACCUCCCCCAUAACAGCCAAUGAUGGGCCUGCGGUCAGAUGAGAUUCCUUCAGAGCACAUAGAUUUAGAUUUUUAGAGGCAGUGACCAGGUGCUUCCAAUCAGUAUAGAUGUAGACAUCCAUCCAUUUUCUAAGCCGCUUCUCCGCCAGGGUCGCGGGGAGAUGUACACAUAAAUGCAAAAAAAAAAAAAAAUCUUUAAAUUGAAUUCUUAACAGCAGUGGCAUAUAAACUGAGAAAUUAGAUGACUGUGUUUGAAGUACAAGUUAGACUUAAAAGGAAGCAAUGAUAAUGGUAGUUUUAGUAUAAUUGUCAUAGUUGUAGAUAAUUUAUUAUAAGGGAAAUUAAGGCUUGAAAUUGUUUUAUUUUUAUUAUCUGAACAGUUCAAUUUGUCCAUGACAUUUAAAGCACAUGUACUGAACAGUUGCCAGAGAUAGUAGAGUAUCUUCAGGGAUUCUUUGUUAUGAACUGUGUUUAAAAGGGAAGAAAAUUGAAAAAUGUCACUGAUCAGCAAUCACUGACUAUCACUAAAUCAUUCCAGGAAUGUGAGACUAUAAGUGUACCUCAAUCACUUCUUUCCUGUAUUACUGUAAAUAUUGUAAACUUAAUGUUUACAUGAACUGUGCUGCAAGUUGAGUGCAUGCAUAUACUUUAGUGUGAUGAAGUGUAUAAAUGAAUGUUUAUUCAGUGAUUUUCUGAGGAAAUAGGGACAGGUCCUUGCUGACAAUAUGCAAUAGAGCUAUUUAAAUGUGUAUCCUUGAACUUGCCUUAAAUAGAUAAUAUCAGAUAUUUAAAAUUUAGGUGCAGAACCUUUCAGGACCUUUACAUGGCUCAUCUGUUAGACAUUUUUAUGUUUUGUUCGUAGAUUGAAUUCAAUUUAAUUGCCUUACCUGAUAAUGGAUUGCUGUACAUGUAGUGAUGCAGUACGCAUAAUGGAUGCAGUAAAUGUAGUUGUCCACACAAUGGCGCUGUUUUACAUUGAAUUAGAGGGACCUGAUUCUUUAAACUCACAUUGGCACUUUCAUAGAAGUGCCACGUUCUCCCACAAAAGAAAAAUAAAUGAUUUUACUGAAUCUA